UUGCUAACUUGAUGCUAACAUUGGAGCUGAGGCUCGGGUACACGAAUACGCGCUGUUAAAGUUAACGCUAAUCAUGUGACGGUCUCUUGCCGUGGAAUUUAAUUUUGAUAUAAUGUAAAAGAGGAGCAACACAAUGGAUUUGUAACCUCUGAAGCGCGUCGCUUCCGUCGCAGAGGAGGAAAUGAAGAUGCUAACGGUAACGAACAAGUGCCGCACGCGAAGCCCUCUGUUUCCGUUGAUGUCUAAAGGUCCCGCCUCCAAGGAGAAACACACCAAUCAGUGAUGGUUAUGGAGGAUGAUGGACGUCCCCACAGCCAAUCAGAGCCAGACACCCUAUCAGCCGUGGGCGGACCAGAACGGCUGGUUCCCAGCUUCACCUCAAGGACCCUCCUGCAACCCUGUGCCCGGCUUUCAGCAUCUUAGCCUGAGCUCGCCUUCUGACCAGAGGCCCCUCUACAACCACCUGCAGGCGUCCAACCAGAGCCACGCUCCUCACAGCACGCCAUAUUCUAAUUGUGCUGAUCAGCAGCAGAUCAUUCCUGAUGCUCAUGUUUCAUCCAUGGUUGCAGCUGCAAGCCAAGGAAGAAAUAUACCUCCAUGUUCUCUCCCUCUUACGAUCGAAGGGAUGCAGCCAUGCAAGCUGCAACAAAUGCCAUUUUACCCCCCUCACAGCCCUCACCAAGCAAUACCCCCCCCUUUCCAGCCCUCUUCCACACACCACAGUUUACCAAAUGGGCCUCAGUCACCACAUCAAAAUCAUCUACCCAUUAGCUCGCCGUCAUUUGGACAAUGUGCAAACCAGAGUCAGCCGUGUAUGCCUCAGGGAUACACACACAAUCAUGCCUCUCCAACUUCUCCCAUCCAACAGCAGCCUCAGUGGACGCUUGCAGCACAUUCAAGAGGAGCCAUAAACGAGUUUGUUCCCAAUGCUGCUGCACCAGACAGGAACAUCAUGCCACAGUCUCCUAACUCUGAGUCUCGUUAUGGCCUGGACCCAGAGCUCCUGCCCAGUGUUGUGAAGGUGAUUGCAGAGGACAGAGCAGAGUGGGAGGGAAAGGUGUUCGUCUCAGAGCCUUUUUCCCGUCUUCCUCCUCUGGCAACUACUUCCUGUAUCGUAGAGGACAGAGGUAACGCGAGUCCUUUAGCCAUCCGCGCUGCCUCGUACUGUGUGCCCUGCGAAGGUCAGACUGCCCUGCUCAGCCGUCUGCCGCUGGGGGCUCUGCUCACCCCUCUGGCAAAACAAAAUGCCGGAGAGAAGCCCCUGCCAGUGUGCAAGGAGUCAGAGUGUGUUAUGGGUUGUGGUUGCUGCGGAGCCUCUAUGUGCCCGGUGAUGGGCUGGCAGGACUGUGGACAGAGGUUUUACUGCCCCUUCUGUGGUAAACUCAGUGAAGUGCCGUGGCAACACUACCAGCCCACCAAAGGGGUGGAGGGGGUUCGGGUGGAUAAAGACAAGAGGCCUGAACUCAGUAUGGGGUCAUACGAAAUCCUCGAUUCUCAGCAGGGUGAACCUGCUGCCCUGCUUCUAGCCAUAGAUGUGUCUGCCUCAGCACUGAGAGGAGGACAUUUGGAGUUCGCAACACAACAAAUACUCACUCUGCUCACCUCUCUGAAGAGGGAGGAUGGUGAUGCCUUGUCGGACGUCCGCAUUGGUUUGAUGACGUACGACAGCAGGAUCCACCUGUACGACCUCAGCCCCGCCCUGUCCCGCCCGCACAUGCUGGUCAUUACGGAGACAGAAGACCUGCAGCUUCCUGUGAGGGAGGGGCUUCUGGUGUCCCUCAAAGACUGUAUAGACAGUAUCGACAGUGUGUUGCAGCUCAUUCCUCAGUUUAGUCCGGAGUGUGAUGACUGUAGUGGUGUUCCCAUGGAGCUGCCUGUCAAAGCAGGGCUAGCCGUACUGCAGGCCCUGAGUUGUCCUGGCAAGCUGCUGAUCUUCCAUACGGCCCCACUGAUAGAAAUGAGACACACAAACUCAUCCUCAGGGUUCUUUGGCUCCAACAAACCAAAGUCCAUCUUUCAGCCGUCAGAUCUUGCCCUCUCAUUGGCCAAGGAGUGCGUCCGUCAGGGGUGCAGCGUUCACCUGUUUGUCCUCUCCCAGCAGGACAUGGGCGGGGCUUGGCCGGGGCACAUACCAUAUCUAACAGGUGGAGCUCUGCACACCUACGGCCACCUCCAGGGAGAACUGGACAGAGAGCGUUUCAGCACUGACCUGAAGGGGAUUGUAGAGACAGACACAGGCUACAAAGCUGAGCUCAGGAUUUUUGUCAGCAAAGAUUUGCGUGUGUCCGGCUGUUAUGGACUUUUCAUCCCUGGGCCAAGCCCCAGUCAGGUCGCCAUGGCAACUCUUGACUGGAGGACAACACUGGCUGUGGAGCUCGCACACACCAGAGCUCUGGACGAGACGAGAGGUGUGGCCAUACAGGCUGUUUUGUCUUACAGCACCCAGAAAGGAGAAAGGAGGACCAGGGUUCACACUCUGACCCUGCGAUGCUCUCGUCACCUACAGGAUGCUUUCCGGCAGUACCAGGCCCAAACACUGCUCACCUUCUACUGCAAAAAAAUUUACUGUGCAGUGUUGGAGCGCCCUCUGCAGGAGCUGAGGGAGGAACUGCAGACGGAGGUAACUGAGGCGCUGGCGUCCUACCGCAAGCACUGCUGCUCUGCUUCAGUGUCUGCUGGACAGCUGGUCCUCCCUCAGUACCUGCGUGCACUUCCUGUUUACAUCAACAGUCUGAGGAAGAGCGAGGUACUGCUACCGGGCCUGAGGAGCUCCGUCCACCAGCGGCUGCAGCAGCGCUGCCAGGUGCUCAGCAUGGACACCUGCAGCACCUCCACACACUUCUACCCUCUGCUGCUGCCUCUGCCGCUGUCACUUGACAGCUCCAGCUCUCCAAACCCAGAGGAGGCGCUGCGCUGCUGUGCUGCCAGCCUGGAGCCCAGAGGUCUGUAUCUGGUUCAUGCACCCCUCGCCCUGCUGCUCUGGGUGGGCACUCAAGUCCCAGCAUGCACCCUGGUCGAGCUCUUCAACACCAGCUGCUUCUCCUCCCUGCCCUCUGGAGAGACCAAGCUGCCAGUUCUCGAAAACCCUCUGUCCAUCAGUGUUCGAUCCCUCAUCAACACACUGAACUCCCUGGCACCCUGUGCACGCAAGCUGUUGGUGGUGAAGCAGGGUGACACCUGCGAGGAGACCCUGCAGCGGCACCUGGUGGAGGACAAGAGUCCCAACGGAGGAGCGUCCUAUGCAGACUUCCUCUACCAUCUCCACGUCAACUCUGUGCGGCUUCUGCAGUGACUUCACACACACACACACACACACACACACACACACACAUAGACACACACACACACACACACACACACACACACACACACACGACCUCUCUGGAUGCAUUAUCUUCUGUAAAAGAUUACACUGCAGCAUAUUUGCCUCCCAAAAAACAGGGAUGGGAACAAAAGUAUACCUAGACAUUAUAAUGUGAAAAUAUCAAAGGCCUGUUGUCAGAGAAUCAGACUGUGCAUGAGGACGAUUUCAAGAGAUAUUCAUGUAAGGACUGCUGUGAUACAUGUGUGACGUGUGCUGUGUUGAAUGUGAUCCGUGCUGUUCUGAAAAAAAUGUGUUUUAUGAUGUUAAUUUAUUCCUGUGUCGCCAUGGCGGUUCUCUAAUCUCUACCUGAGAUUUGCGUGUAUGUGUGUCUCUGUGUAUGAGGGUGUGUGUGAUGCCCACAGUAUGUUCUGUGAGUGCAUAAUCUCCAAUGAAUAAAUAAAUAAAUGAAGGCUUUAAUUGAACCUUGAUUGAGGUUUCCUCCAGUGUUGAGCUAAAGAGCGAAGGUUUCCCAGUGUUUCAUGAGCAUCAAUGGAACUGUUCUCUAAUUAAUGAUGGAGGAGUGAAGUUGGGUCUUCGACAUCGUCCUGCAACGUUAGUUGAGUGUGUGACUCAGGAAGCCGAUAAGGCAACUGUCUAAUGAGUCCAAGUGGCUAAUCAAACUAAUUGGCAGCAAUUAUGUUGCUGCAAGGGUGGGAAGCCCUGAGACGGAGGGACAGUGGGCUGGAGAGUGGAAACACUGGCGUUAUUUUUGUUUGUCUAGUUCGUAUUUUGAUGUCACCCGUUCACAUUUUAUUGGCCAAACCCGGAAAUCAUGACCCGGUUAGUUUAGGUAAUCCACAGAUCUUGUUGUGAGCAGUUUCAUGUAGGAACUACUUUCUUUCUACAGAACUACACCUGCCAAACAUAUCACCAUGCAGAAGGAAGCAUACAUCUACUGCUAACUCUGGCAGUGAUCGAAGCAUGACACUCGGGUGGAUGCGCUAAUUUUCGGCAUUUUUCUGGCACAAAGCGAUGACACGCUCAACGUUUCCCCUGGCUCAGAAAGGGGAUUUGGUGGUGAUGUCUGCGGCUUUUUGGGGGUAUAUAUUUACAGAUCAUGCAAAUCUAUUAAGCGAUGCCAUAUCUUCUCUAUUAGACGAGAGAGGUCCAAAUAAUACAGUACAUUCUUCCUAAACCAGAAACUACUAACCUUGAUCACACCUGCUCCUUGAGAAUCAGUUGCCCUGUUAGUCCCCUGCUCCUCUCUCACCUCCUCCUCCACUUGAGAUCUCGCUUGUCACCAGGCUGGCAGUGAACGCACCAGCACCUGCGUUCUGAGCUGACGCGAAGCAUGGGGCUCAACACGUCACUUUGAUCUUUGAUGAAUCGAAGAACUUUAUUAUUGGUCUAACGUCGAGUCACCAGGCUCUUGUUAUUGGUCCGAACUUGCACUGAGAUUUGAAUUUUUUUUAUUAUUUUUUUCCCUCCCUUCCCCGCUCCCACACCCCUCUUUGGUGGAGGGGAUUUUCCAUUAGCAGAGGGCUACAACGGCUUUUGCAACCACCAAAAUAUUUUCUAUGCAGGAAAAACCUACAAAUCCAUGUCCGUCCAAGCAGACAUGAUAAGUAAUAAGUAAGAAAUAUAAGAAAAGAGCAACUACUGUAACACGUUCCCCGGCCUCCAUGCUGCUUUCUACUGUUCACUAACCUUUUUUGACAGAGCAUUCAUGAUGUCAAAUGUGACACUAGUUUAAAGAACAGAACAGCGUAUUAUCUGGUCUAAUGGCAAAUGGAAAGGACUGUAUCGCUAGCCUGGUUCCAGACCAUAGACCCCGUCCACUCAGCUGAGUAGGCUUGCAUCUCUGGUCUGGCAUACUGCAAUGAAUUUGUGAUUUAUCUCGUCCAAAAGAUGGACAGACCAAUGAACGCCGGGGGUGGGGGCGGGUCUAGCGAUUAGCCAAUCAGCACCACGCUGAUGUCAAGCUGUCCACCAGUGGGUAACUGGUGAGGAUAGCAACAAUGGCGACCGCUACAGAUCCUACAGACCACAUUAACGAUGCUAUCGAGGUAUUUCGCCACUACUCGCGUUAAUGGAGGACCAAAUUAAGGAAGCUGCUAAACUGGAUUUAACGGCGAUGCAGCUGGGCGUGCACGACGACGGAGACAUUUUAAACGGGCAAUGCUCGCUUGUUUUCGGCAUCUCCGAGGCAUGGAUACUAAUGACGUCAGAUUCUGGGUGAGUCGUUGAUCUCUACUGAUUGGUUAGGGAAAAAUCAAAUUCCCUCCCCCUUGUAAAUCGCCUUCAAUGGAGGCAAUGUCAGACUGAAGGUUCUGGGAGCUUCAGUCUGACACUCAGGCUACUGUAUCGCCUAUUUUAGUGGGUUUUCCCACAUUUAAAAAAAACUGCAUAUUUGUAUUAAUUUGGUGGGCAAAGGGUGCAGUGUGUUAGCAUACUAACAUUUGCAAAUCAGCACCCAAAUUUACCCUUAUCACCCACCUACAACGCAGUCUUGGGAUCCCUCUCCAGACAACUUUACACCCAUUCUCACCUGGACCCAUCUAACCCUAAGGACACACAUGAUGGCCGGAUGGAUCAAUGACACAUGUGACUUAAUGACUCUGAAACUCAGAGCUCAUAUGUGACCUCAACAACUCUGUAAGGGUUCACACCCACACAGGGUUUGAAGCCUGCGACUCUGUACCAGUCUCCAGAACUGAAGAAGCUUCUUGGAUGAGAGGCGAAACGUCUUCAAGAAACGCA